AUUGUGACACCGCCGCCGCUUGAUUCCGUCUCCUCGCCGACGAACAAACGCGAGGCGACGACGAGGCGGCGAUCUGGUCGGAGCCUCGGAGGAGCCGCUGGUACUGCUGGACGGACGACCCAUGGCCGGAGGCAGCAGCCGCCGCCGCCGGCGCCACCGCCGAAGAGCGCGGCUGUCGAUGGACGCCGAACCCUCAUCGCCGCCGCCGGCACCGGAAGCCAGUCCCAGCACCAGAGAAGUUGCUGUUGCAGUGAGACCCUCCAAGAAAACCUUUGAUGCCUCGGGCUCUACCCCUUCACUCUCGUCGGGAUGUCAUGUUUGGGAAAACCUUCUAGACAGCAUGCUCCACCAGAUCAUUGCGCUCAUUACCUCAUUCCAUGACUUCCUUGCUUUCACUGGCACCUGCCGCUCUUGGCUUAUUGCGGCCUCUUCCUUCCCAUCUGCAUAUAAUUUCACCUUUCCACCUCUCCAACUCAGUCCAGAUUUUGGUGGUGCCAUUUACAACCCUAAUCGCACAUGGCAGCUUGUGGAUCCUGCUAAGAAAACUUCUUCCCUUCGCUGUUCAGCGCCUGGAAUUACUCCAUAUCCCAUGCGUUAUCUUGGCUGCUCAUAUGGGUAUCUUAUCUUCUCCGAUCGUGAACGCUGCCACCUUGCUGAUGUGUACACUGGUACUAAGGUGAAGCCUCCCAAGUUCCGAUCCGGUGGCAACUUUUUUAUCUACUGUGGCAUCCUUGUGGCUCCACUCAAUUCACCCAACUCGCAACUUAUUCUUUUCUCAAGAACCGCCUUGCUCCAGUGGCAUGUUGGAACAAAUUCCUGGAUAGAGCAUCCUCGUGUUGGUGAACACAUCCUUCAGAUCGUGACUUUCAAAGGUCAGAUGUUUGCCAUGGACUUUGUUCAGAGGCUGCACAUUAUAAGUUUGUCACCUCAGCUCAGCAUACAGGAAGUAGCAGUUGUGUGGGAAGAGAGCAUGUUAGUAGGCCUGCAUUCUAAGCCAUGGUUGGUGGUCUGUGGUGACAUGCUUCUCUUGGUCGAUCUCUCGGUAAGCACGGGUCAACUGUUUGGCUUCUCUGGCACCUUUCAAGUCUUCCGCCUCGACUUCUCAGAAGAACCAGCUAAGUGGGUGAAGAUGCAGAAGUUGGAAAAUUGGGCUCUCUUUCUUACCAAUGAUAGAAGGACCCCUACAUUUUCUUGCAUGAACCCCGAAAGAUGGGGAGGAAAGAGUAACAACAUUUACGUUCCGAUGGGAUCUGAAGAUUUGGAUGAACCCUGGACUGCAAUAGAGGUUGGACAACCAGUGCCGAGCUCAACUCACCAUAUGUCAUUCAGUUCCGCACCCACUGCACAUUGCAGUCCACUGAAUAGCCUCUGGGUGCUGCCAGCUUUGGUUUAUGGAGUUUGCCAGUGACCGAUCAUCGUUGCUAGUAGCAGUUGCAUGGUUUUGUUAGUCUUUCACAAAUCAUGUCACUUGCUGCUUUAUAUGAUUCAGUUAGCCAGUCGGUUAUGCAACUUCCAUGAUUUCCUGACUUGGCACCAAAUAUUUGUGUACAAGCACAUUAAUCUACAUUGUGUCGCUACAACUUUGUGGCGUUUAAUCGGCUUCGGUGGCAGCUUUGUUGAGGUUAAUUCUGUGUACUGAACAAGAAGGCACAUUCUGGGUAUGCAAGCACUGGUUUCAAAUCUGGUAACUUCUUCGCAUUGCUUGGUCAUGUGUGUAAUCUGGUAUUUCUUCUUCGUAUGUACUAUGUGCCCCCCACCCCUUUUUUUUUACCAAACUUCAAUCUCUAUAUAAUAGAAAUCCAGUACUCAUAGCUUUACUAUCUUAUUCUGAGCAUCUGGGAAGCAACAACUCGAUCUGGUCGGUUUCAGUUUUAUGUAAUUUCCAUGGUUUUUUGACUUGGCGCAUAAUGUAUUGAGUACAAGAAUAUUAAUCCA